AUGGUCAAGUCUACUACUCUGGUCUCUGCCUUCUUCUCGCUGUUGGCUUCCACUGCCGCAGUGACGAUCCCCGACACUGACUACGAGGUCAUUGUUGUGGGUGGUGGCCCUGCCGGUCUCAGUGCCCUCAGUGGUGUCUCUCGUGUGCGUCGAAAGGCGUUGAUGAUUGACAGUGGUCACUAUCGCAAUGAUCCCACCCGUGAGAUGCACGAUGUGAUUGGAAAUGAUGGCACUCCCCCUGCCAACUUCCGAAAGCUUGCCCGUGAGCAGAUCCUGAAGUAUGACACUGCCACCAUUGAAGAUGAGACUGUGGAUUCCAUCGAUCCCAUCAAGGGAGACUUCACCUCCUUCAAUGUCAAGAUCUCCAACGGAACAACCUAUACUGCGCGUAAGAUUGUUCUCGGAACUGGUGUCUAUGACGUCCUCCCCGAUACUCCUGGUCUGAAAGAGGGCUUCGGAAAGGGAAUCUGGUGGUGCCCCUGGUGUGAUGGCUAUGAGCACCGUGACCAGCCUCUCGGCAUGAUCGGUGAUAUCAGCGAGCAGCUCUCCAACGUCCUCGAGGUGCACACUCUGUACAGCGACAUGAUUGCCUUUGUCAACGGCACCCAAACCCCCGAAGGCGAGGCCAAGGCUACUGCCAAGGUUGCCGACUGGAAGGAGCAGCUCGCGGCCUGGGGCACCAAGAUUGACAACCGCACCAUUGCCUCUAUUGAGCGUCUCCAGGACGGUGGUCAGAACCGCAGUGAGACCGAGCACGCCCAAUACGAUAAGUUCCGUGUCCAUUUCACUACUGGCGAGCCUGUCGAGCGUAGUGCUUUCAUCAUCAACGUCCCCACAGAUCAGUACUCGUCAUUGCCUGCCAAGAUGAGUCUGGACAUGGACGGCAAAAAGAUCAAUGUCACCAGCGCCAUGCGCACCAGCGAGAGCGGCGUCUUUGCUGUUGGUGACGCCAACAGUGAUGGCAGCACCAACGUGCCUCACGCUAUGUUCAGUGGCAAAAAGGCUGCUGUCUACCUCCACGGUAAGUUUCGAUUCUACACACUCGAGUUUCUCUUUCUAACAGACCUGGUUUUAGUUGAACUUUCUCGCGAAGAGUCCAAGUCCAAGGUUUCCAAGCGUGAAGGUCUUUCUCGCCGUGAGCUUGAGAAGGAGGCUGACCGUGCCAUUGGUGAGAACCUUGAGAAAGAGUGGCAGCGUGCUAUGCGCAUGUAA